GCCAAAUCAAACAUGGCGGACGAUGAAGAGGCUGACGCUCGUCAAGCUGAUCCUUACGGACCCAGGUUAAUUGAAUUGUUUCGAGGAGAAAAUGGAUUUGGAUUUAACGUCCGUGGCCAGGUAUCAGAAGGGGGGCAACUGAAGUCAAUAAAUGGAGAACUGUAUGCACCGUUGCAGCAUGUAAGCGCCGUAUUGGAGAGUGGCCCCGCUCAUAACGGAGGGGUUAGGAUUGGUGAUCGAAUCCUUGAAGUGUACGUAAACAAACAUGACUUACUUUGUAUAUUAUGACUAUUAUGAUUAUGCACAGAUUGUUUAACGGGGGCUGGCGGAUAGUUACAAGAGUGGUCCUGCGUGGUGUUAAUGUAGAUAAACGUACUAACUUCUUUGCUGUGAUUAUUGAUAAAUAUCGCUGCCAGCUGUUACCAAUUGAAGACUAUUUACAAUACUUGCUCUUGUGAUUCAUCAGCCGAAAUUUUUCUUCUCGCUUUUUCGAAGGGAAUAAUCAGAUUUUUGACUUAAGAUGGAGCUAUGGUGAAAGUGGUAAUCUUUGCCAACAUUCUUUAACCUCCGGUUGUUUUUUGAGAUUUUUCCUGUUGAGAAAUAGUUUCAUGUAGUUGUUUCCACUUUAAAUCAUGGUUUAAUUUAACAAGUGAUUUUUUAACUUUUAACCUUUAAUUUUAUUUGAUUCUUUCCUCUUGAAUGAGAAGUCUCAAUUUUAGAAUGCAAUGGUACCACUCUAACUUGAUAUGUAUUUGACAAGAAUAUUCAGAUUUGAAGUCAUUACAUCAGGAUGAAGAAAACAUCUUGAGCUUAUUGAGGAUUUUUUGUUUUGAACUAGAAACUACCUCGCUAAUUAAGCAACUUAUUUCUUUAUUCCUCAUGGUACUUUGCUUAUGAAACCCAUAUAAUGGUGUACAAUGGUUUUUGCCCACGCUGACUCAAAGGAUGAUAGGUUUUUAUUUUUUGAACAGCCAUUGUUGAUCAAAUUGUUAGUCUUUCUGUUGAUGGAUCUCAAUCCAUUUUGUCUUUUCUAUUUGAUCUAGCUUGAUUUGUUUCUAUCAAAAUAGGAGCUUCCAUAAGAACUGGUCAACCCUUUCACUCUUAAGAUCUCAUUUAGUAAUUUUUCUCACUGAUAGCCAUACAAUUUUUCUGGUGUAAGUUUGGAGAAUUUGGUAUUGAAUCAACCAAUGAUCUCUUGAUUGAUAUUUUCCUUUAUCCUCAUCACUUGUUUGCUUGAUAUUGUAUUGGUAGUGUAAGGAAAAAUUCUGUCCUGGUCACUCAUGGGAAUUAAAGGGUUAAAAGUGGUCUACCACUGUCUAUAAGACUUUUAACUGCCAUCUGUUUAGCUUGUGAGAGAGGUCUUGUGUUUGGGUUUUUCCUUACAGUCCUUUCUGGACUGUUGUACUAUUAGCAACCACUCAUAGGAAAAGUUAUUGAAACCUUUGUCAAAAGAUACCUGAAUGGUUUAUGACAGUGUUAUUAAUAUUUAAGUGAGAUAAACACUGUAGUCACAUGUGAAGUCACACUUAGCUCAUGUUGGAUUUUGUCUGUUGGAGAUAAGAUGUAGAUUCCAUUUGUUCAAAGUUCACUGUGUUUGAAAAUUACAAUCCUCAAAGUUUCACUGGGCAAUUAUUAAAAGCUGUACACUUUGAGUGAAAAAUAAUGGACUGAGUAGUAUAGUCCAGAAAUUAAAAGGAGUAAAUUGGAGAUUUGAUAAAAACUACUGCAGGGUAAAAUCAUAAAAUAACAUAUGUUUGGCUAAUUUGCUAUCUAAGUGUUGGAAAUCAACAGUCUAAUAUAAGACUACUUUAAAUUUUCCUUUCUAUGACAUGGUAAACAAGGUGUUUUGCAAACCACAGGUGUAAGCAGUGUUUUUAUAUAAGAAGUUUUUUCAAUAUUUAUUGACAGGGGAUAAAGGGGUAAAAGAUCCCUUUUUUAGGCAAAAGUUGACACUGUUUCACAGUAAUUAUUGUUAGGUGGACUCUUUAACCCUUUUGAGUGACUGGCUUCUUGUUUCUCCUCGCCAUUUCACCCUUCAAUUAAAGAGUAUGGUCACAUGAAUAAAGGAAACAAUCAUUGAGUUAAGAAGCUCCUGAUCGUCAAACAAAUUAUCCUUUUCAAUAUCAGAGGAAAUGCAAAGAGAACAGGAUGGAGAAUAUAGGUAUUAAUGGUAAGGGUAAAUGGUUAGUGUAAGGAAAAAUUCUGUCAUAUUUAUAAAGUGAAAAUUAUGUGGUCAACAGGAAUGGUGAAAAUGUGGAAGGUGCCACUCACAAACAUGUAGUGAACCUGAUCAAGAAAGGCGGAGAUAAACUGACUUUAGUUGUGAUAUCUGUGAGUUCACAUGAAGCUGAGAAACUUGAGAGUGAGAGUUCAUCUGGAGGAGAAUAUUAUGAUUAUACAGACAAGAGAGCUGUACCAUUAUCAAUACCUGAGACAAGACAAGUUGUUAGCAAUGGUGAAACAUAUGUGGUAAGAAAUGUUAAAGUGUGUGUGUGUGGUUUUUUUUUGCAUGGUACAGUUCCAGUUCUGUGCAGAGUAUGAGAUCUCUUGUCUAAAGAUUAUCAUGAUGUCAUCUUGCACUUAUAGGAUGAAGGCAGUCAACCUGCCAAGAAAGCCUAAUUUAAUUCACCAAAUAACCAGCUGCAUAAAUAUUUAUGCAACAUGAUUGGAUGUUUCUGCUCCUGAAGUGGUGUACUUGUAUUUGAGGGAGGCAAAGGGUCAGGAAAAGGGUUAACAUGUGAUGCAUGACUUAAAGCCUAAAAUUAGUAUGUGACACAUGUAGUAGUAUAUCAACCAGUACAAUGCUUGAUUUGCCUCCCAAAAUAUGUGUGAACCAUAAAUUUUUCUUUCAUUUCAAAAACCUCAAGAUUUCCCUGAAAACUUUGUAUACAAGAAGAGAGAUUUGGAGUGUUUCCUUUUACGUAUAUAUGUGAUACGUGAAUUUUUCUAAAACUUGUGCAUAAAUUGGGAUCAGGACUGCCCCUUUGUUAACCUCACGUUAGUGAGAGUAGGAUAUAUGUCAGUAAUAUGUUGAUAUACCAGUAUUCUUUAGGAAGUUAUUUACAACAAAGGUUUUCCUAGGAAAUGCAAUCAGUCAACUACUUUAAAAAAAUAAAUUGAUAAAAAGCUGUAACUAGGGUAUAUUUAUCUAUUUUUGGUGAAAGAAUAUCCUUUUUAUAGGUGUAUAAUAUCUACUAUGGAGACAAGCAUAUUUGUUCCAGAAGAUACAAAGAAUUUUCAAAUUUGCACAACCAGGUAAAGAGGUUAAGAUUUUAUAAUUGAAUUGUUUGCUGAAUACAGCAGAGUUGUGUUUCCUUGGAAUAGAUAUGUAGAGCCUCACUUAAAGUCAGUAAGCUAUCAUUGAUACUUUCAUUUUCAAAUUUUCAAAUUUAAAGUUAACCUAGUUUCAACUUUAGCACAUUGGACUUGCCAUCUAGUUGUCCAGGUUUGAGACCUGGCUGGCAUAUGGUGCCUUUUUAUCACCCAGGGCACUGUUGUUCAAAGGUGGGUUAAGAUAACUCAGGGUUAGUGUGAAAUCUGAACCUUAUGGAGAAAAAUUCAGUAUAAUUCUUUUUGUGUACAAUUUGAUGCUUGGAUGGACUUCAAACAACAGGAGUAUAAAUGGGUCUGGUAGCACUGUCAGGAAGGUAACAUGUAAUGGACUAGCUUCACAUCAAGGGGGAGUAGCAACAAUACUAAUACCGGCGUUAUGCCACAGAAACCAAAAUAAGCUUUGGCCAGAUGGGACACUUGGCCCAAGUGUUGAACUACAUCUAUUUUUGCCAUCAUGGUAAUGAUAUACAGAGUCACAUUGACAUACAGGGAUAAUUUAUCUUCAAAUUAAUUAUCACUGAUUACAUUAUUUUUAACCUUUAAGUAAUCUGAGGCUUCUUUUGUCUUUGCUAUCAGCUUAAGAAGGAGUUUAGAGAUUUCCAGUUUCCUAAGUUUCCUGGAAAGUGGCCAUUUCACUUAUCUGAUCAACAAAUAGAGGCUCGUAGAAAAGCUUUGGAAUCUUACUUUGAUCAAGGUUAGACAGUAGUUUUUCAAUGAAAAUGUGUUCAAUAAGCUCAUAACUCUUGUUAUAGUAAAGAAAUGAUUUACCGGUACUCUCAGACUGUCUUGUGAAGAGGAAGGUAGAUGCCAUGGAAUAUCAGACCACGGAAAUUAUAAUAUUUACACCAAUGCUGAGAGCAAUUUUGCAUUUCUUCUACACACUACACACAAGGUGCAGCCAAGUGUGUCACUUAUGUUCCUACCACAUUUUAAUAUCUUCUCUGAUCUAUUAACAGACCCAUGGAAAUAUAGAGUCUAUUUGUUUUAUAUUCUAAAUAAGAAAAAAAAAUUGUCAGUGAUGAUGUGGUCUAGUUGUCUGUUCUCCAAUAAAUUUUUUUAGUAAAUACCAAUCAAAUUGUGUGUGUGAUUCAGAUACCUGGCCUGACUCUUCUUUUGAAAUCAAUCUUCUCUCUCUUACAAUUUUAUUAAUUAAAAUAAGCUAUUAUUACCUAGUUAGUGUGUUAAGCAUUGAGAAAAUUCAGAAUAGUUUCCCUGUCAUGUCCUGGAGUUUGAAUUUCUUAGGAACCAAUUUGAUAACCAAAAGACAAUAACAAACUGUGCUUGCCUAUUUUGUUCUAAGAUGCAAGAGCAUUUAAGUUGGCUGAGCAAACAUUAUUAGUUUUUUGCAUGUUUACGCUUGCCCACCUAAACAGAAAUAGAUAUACUUUCAGAUUCUAUUGUUCAUAUGUUUUUCAUAAAUGAUCAUAUUAGUUAUCUGAGGUUUCUUCGAAAGCAAACUAUAUGACAGGUAUUUCUGUAAGCACCCCUUAAAUUUGAAGUUAACUACAAACAAGAGUAUUUUUUCUUGUAGUAAGAUAAAGAAAUGUUUCAUUAUCAGCUUGUUUCAAAAUGUUUCCACAACUCUCCUAAUCACUACAUAUGCUGUAAUGAGGCCCUGGCAGGAAGGGAGGGGUCUCAUUGAUUACCACUGCCUAGUAAAGAGGAGGGCGUACAUAAAAACUUAUUGAUGAGAACCAAAAAAUUUAAACCCUUUUAAUUUUCAUUUGAUGUAGACUGUCAUUGUCAUUAUUAUUGUUAGGGCUGUUAGAAACAAAAAUUCAACUGCCCAAAAAAUUUUCAAUUUUAAGAACUUUUUCCAACUAGAUGUAAGUAAGUGUGAAUUGACAAGUAAUUUUUUAUACUUUCUUAACAGUUAAUUCAGUGAAAGUUAUUGGAGAGUCAGACAUCAUGGUAGACUUUCUCAAGUCUUCAGAAAACCAACUCCAGGUAUUUUGUGUGUUUCAAAAUAAAUUUUCCCCAGAGAUGGCUUUGAAUAAGAGUAAUUUGUUUUAUUGAAUUUACAAGUAUACUUGAAGUAAUGCUGUAAAAUGGUAUUUGUCUGUGUAUUUUUGAAGAACAUAAAGUUUGUUUUUUUGCCUUGAGAUUGAUAUGUUAAAAUUUUGAAAGAUAUUUAAUAAUAGUUCAUAGAUAGUGAGACAAAAAUUGUGUAUUAUCUCAGUCUCUGGUGCAAAUUUUUGUCCAAGAUUAGGGAGCUGGAUGCAUUUUUAAGUUUUAUUAAACCAAUUACAUCUAGGUUUAAACCUGAGUUGGGUCUUUGAGUGUUUUUAGAUUAGAAUAUAAGGGCAUUAGAGUAGUUAAAAGCAUUUGGAGAUUAUUUUCCACAUCUGAAUCAAAUUACUGGUGAAUUGUUGAAGCCAUCAAAAUUUAGAUGCAGAGGUCUCUGUAGUGUAUAAAGACUUUUUCCUUCUUUUAUGCAUAAUGGACUCCGGUGGUUGUGUUGUGUUCUUGGACAAGGCAUUGUAUUCUAACAGUGUUCUCCUCUUCACCUGGGAGUAUAAGUGGGUACCAACAAACUGCCAGGAAACUGGACAAAGGGCUGGUGGGUGGGGUGAGUGGGGGUAACCUUUGAUGGACCAGCAUCCCCCAUAGAGGAGUAGCAAUACUCUUACUUGCUUCAUUUUGUGUCUGCUAUGGAAAUGGAGAUCUGAUGGUUUUCACAAGCUACAUGGCUCUCCUGCACACUUCACCUUUUUAAAUAACUAGACAGGAUUGAAUGAGCUUUAGUUUCUCUAAUUUCUUAAAGUGAACACAAUGUUGUUGAGAGUGAGAACAAGGAGAUUCUCUUCAUUUUCUCUUCCAACAUUGUAUUUCAGCAAGAGAAAGAAGAGGAAGAUGGUUCAAUGAAAGUUGAGUUGAGAGUAUUUUUACCAGAUGAUUCAAUUACGACUGUGACUGUUCUGAAAUGUCACAAAACAGUUCAAGUAUAUCAGGUGAGCAGUGAAAAACAUUCAUGCACUGUGAUUUACACAAAUAUGCAUGUAAUGUUUCUUGAUUCUUUUUUUUCCGGUUUCUGUCAAUAGUAAGGAAGACUUCUAUUACAAAAUGAAUUAAAAUUUUUAGAAAGAAUUUUGCGAAUGGCUUGAUGUGUUUACGGUCUCUAACAGCACUACACUUCAACUUAAUGUAUACGAGCAGCAUUUAGUUCCAGAUGGAAACAUGAAUAAUUUUCUUCUGGGUUUCCAUUCUCAGGCCACUUAAUAUUUGUGAUUUCACAUAGUUGUUCUGCAGAGGAUGGCAAAGAAAUGUACAGUUUUAAAACAAACAUACUGAGCUGUUGUUCUGCACAUGAGAUCUUCUGUUUUGCCACAUCCUCCAUGUCAUUGUGGGGUUAGGCUUAAUUCCCCUAAUGCAUCAUGUAUAGGGCAGCAGAGAACUGAAGGACAGCAAAAACCUUACUGUGUUAAAACAUUUCUUGCUUCAAUUUAUGCAAAUCCUGUGGCAAAAUAUUUAUCUGAUCACAAACUCCUGUGUUUAGUGCAUUUGGUUCAGUCACCAAGUUGUAUUUUUUUUUAAAGUUUUUGAAAACCACAGAUUUACUAUUAACUGGAAGCAAAGGGUCUAGGGUGAAAGGUAGCUCAUCCACCCAAAGUAAAUUAAAGUUAUUAUUGUGAGCAACAAUAGUAUAAACAGAUUUCUGUUGACAUAAAGUGUGACAUCACAUGCAAAAAAGAGGGAUGUGGUGUACCCUAUGUUGAUUAUGAAGGAGAAAUUAAUAGUUUUGGUUAUUUGUGGUUCCUAGCAACAAUCUGAUUGAGACAAAAGCUUUAAUAAGGAGAGUUGAUAGUUAACUAGAAAUUGUCUCACUUGAUUUUAUGUUUAUGGAAGGCCAUGACAGAAAAGCUAAAUUUGGACCAAGACAGCAUCUCAAACUUUGCACUCUUUGAGAUUGGUGAUGAUGGUUUUGGUAAGUGAAGCAUGUUAUGCUUUUGUCCAUUAACAUGAAGGUCGGGUUUUAGUGAAUAUGUUAGACUAGCUCUUCUGAUCGGUAGUGUGAGUUUCAGUGAUAUGUGACUCUAAGCUGUUGUUUAUAUUUCAGAUCACCACCAGUCCUGAGUUGACCUUAAAACUACUAGGUUUUCACCACUGCUUAGUAUAGAUUUGUACUAGUUAUUCCUUGAAUAGCUUAGCUCGGCUUGUCUGAGCAUGUAAUUUUCAUUUUGCUUUAAAGGGUUAGAGGCAUAACAUUUUACUUUCAACUCUUAACUUUUUCAAUUUUAUUAUCACCAAAAUCUCUUUGCUUAGUGUUUCUCUAUUGGCUUUUUUUUUCCCUCAUAUUAGAACGCAAACUUGAACAGAACGAGUUCCCCCACAACUUAUAUAUCAAGAGUUAUACUGCAUCAUCUACAACCUGUCUUGCUUUUCGAAAGUGGAUAUUUACCCUAGCAAGGGUUUGUAUGCUAACGUUCUACCUAAUGUUGAGCCUGGUCAUUCAGGUUGGAUCUGUUUCUACACAAGAUAUAGAGUAGACAGAGUACUCAAUGUUUCAUGAGAGAGCACCUCAGCCAAAUUAAAGUGAUGUACUGGAAAGGAGUGGUCUUAAUAAUCUUUGUGCUUUAGUUCCCACCAGUUUCCAAAUGGGUGAAAGAAAAUAUCAAUUUCACUUUUGUUUUCUUUUUGCUUUUGUCCAUAAGAGAGGGCAUUUACCAUCUAUGUUUGUUUUUCAAUUGUCCCCACUAAGUUGAAAACAAAAAGUGACUUUGUGUUUUUCCCUUUAAUUUGUUCUUUGGCUGAAGUAGGGUGGCUCACCCAACCCAUACAUUACAUCCACUUUAAUGGUGAAGGGGAUGGUAGAUUUAUAUAAAGGUUGCAUACAAAUGCAAGGACAUCUGUUGGUUAGAGUGUGUAGAAUUCAAAGUCUUUGAUGAAAUGUGGUACUGAGGAUUUGAAAGGAAAGUGUUUUAUGUAUUUGUUGUGUAAUUGAACAGGAAGUGCAGAUGAACACUGAUGAGAGUGCGGUUAACCUCCUAUAUACUCAGGUAUUCAUUCUUCUUAGCAGGAGAAAGAUAUGUUUACAAAGAUUUUUCCCCUUUUUCUCUGUUAUGUCCUUUGUACACAGUUGUUUUGGACUGAACCAGACCAUUAGCUGCUUAUUUUAAGUCUCAGAUCUUUUUGUCAAUAAACUGGCAUGUGUUUAUAACUGUUAUAGUUUAUUUCUCAGAGCUAUUGAACCAUAGUCUCCAGCCGCACUGUAGGAGAAUGAUAUGUGAUGAGCUUUUUGAGAAACCAUGUUGUUCUUUGAACAGUUUGCGUGUUGGGCAGUAAAGGGUCAAACUUUGUUGCAAAUUAAGCUACAUUUUUGAAUCGAAGUUCAACCCUUGACCUGCAAUGUUUUUCAUUCGCAAGACUGAAUUUUUAUAAUUGAAAAUAAUGUAAAGGAGUGCCAGUGUCCGUUCAUACUGGUACUUUUUUAGUGAUGAUUUGUCAACGUUAAUCCCAAAGUAAGAGAUUUUUGUAGCGCUGCAAAAAUGGUUUCAUAAAUAUCUUAUUGAGUGUUCAUAUAUUUUCUAACAGUUAUGUUGUUAUUUUAAAACACACGCAGGCAGUUAGUGACUUGAGAAGACGAAAAUUGUCCCCUGGAAAAAACCUGCAAAAACUUAAAGACCUGCAGGCAGCAAAUAAAAAGAAAGAGGUAGGAGAUUCCCUGGUGUAUUGAUUUUUGCAUAGAGCACUCUGCUGAACAAACAUGUGCUGUGUUGUAAAGUAUGCCUUUGUUCUGUUCAGCCACAGGCUGAAGUAUUUGACUCAGUUGGUUCGCAAUGUUCUUCCAGAGCUUGUUCAAAACAUGGCUCACUCAUUUGGAUCCGAUCAUUUGAGAUUUCCUGCAGUGGAGUGCUUUGUUCUUUUUAAUGCACAGUUCCGUUUUUAACAACUCUUUCUUAAUUAAACCGUCCACUGUUACGAGAUUUUGUGCAAAUCAAAUGGCACUGAGAGAGUUGAAUCGAUGAAGAAAAUGAAUUCAAUGCGUUAACCUAGCUUAUUUUGUUUGCGAAUUCGUUACUAACUUAGAGCAGCACGAACAUUCUCGCUGCAUACACCAUCUCUUUGUAUAAUUUGUAUGGAGCAUUAUCCAGUCAUGGCAAACAGUUUAAACGAGAAAUCUCUGUUAAGAAAAAUCUGACCUAUUUUUGAAAUUAAGGCAAAGUUAAUGACUUGUUACAGUGGCGCCAAAAAUGUAAUUGGAAUCAGGUGAGAACAAGACCAAAAUGUUUCUGAUCUCCGGGACUCCUCCUCAAUGGCCACACUGUCAGUCAUGUCCUGUGAAAUAGGAGGUAGGGGGUAGGGGAAGGGGAUUGAGUGGUCUUUGUCUUUGUCUUUGUCUUUGUAGUGAUGUCAGUUUAGAAACAUGAUUGGCACGACACCUCACGCAAAACAGUAAAAACUCAUCCCUUUUAAAGCAUGCAGUUUUUUCAUUCAAUGUUUGCAGUAUCUUGAUGUUGCAAGGACGUUGGAUGGAUAUGCAACUGUUGUUUUUCCUCACUGUGGUUGCGAUGCGAGAAGAACUGGUCAUGUGAUCGUUUCUAUCGGUUUAAACUGUUUUCAACUACAAGCGUGUUCCUCCGAGGGUGAAAAAGAGGUCAGUAUAGUCCUAUUUUUCAUUCACAAAUGUUGACUCAAUCCACAUACAUGCUAGUGUCUUACCCAUUUUCUGCGAUGAGGGUCUUGAUGGGGUUAACCGAUAACUGUAAAAGAGGCAAAAAAUUUAGCCGUUAGGCGUAAAAAUUGCCAAAUUUUAACCGGUAGUCGUAAAAAAAGUUCACCGUUUAAAAAAAUUUCUGGUGACGACAAUGCAAUGAUAUUAACCAUUGGCCGUAAAAUGGCCAGCGUUUCAACCGGUAGCCGUAAAAGCCAUCACCCUAUUGAGACCCUCUGAUGCCUGUGGUUUUUGUGGCAUUUGUAAACUGCAAAAACAAUAUGAGAGACAGAAUACAUCACCUAAUUUUUUUUAAGCGGUUUUUUUUUCCUAUUAUUGCAAUUGUCUUGACGUCACGAUCUGCAAUAUUUAAGAGAUUUCUAAGUCGUAGCAACAAAUAUUUUGAAAUGGGAGGGAACAAGGAUGGCUUAGUGGAGAGACCGUUCGCCUCCUACCUCUUUAGCCUGGGUUCAAUUCCUGGACCUGGUGUCACAUGUGGGUUGAGUUUUGUUGUUAAUUCUCGUCCUUGCUUCGAGGGUUUUUUCUCCGGGUCCAAUUCUACCUGGAAACAGCGGACAAGAAGAGCCACUUCGUGGAACGCCCUCUGCUAAAUCCCACUUAUUUUGUUAUCAUUAUUAAAAUGGCGAGUGAGUUGGCCGGCUUCUUUGUUUCAACAGGAGCAGGAGCACACAUUUAACUGGGAGGAGCUGACACAAUGGGAGGCUGAUAGAGAAGCAAUGGCAUUUUGUUUUGAGUACAAAAAAGGGGAUAAAAAGCCAAAAUGGGUUAAAGUAUAUUCCACAUAUGUAAGUAGAUAUUUUAUGUGCUUUUUCCAUUCGUGAAUGAAUGACCGGCCAACUAAAUAAUAUUUCCUAGCAGAGUGAGCGAUCGCGACGGCCGCCGAGACUUGCGGAAUUGUUUUAACCCAAGACAACAAUGGCGCUGAGAACGUUUUGAAAAAAGACUCGACGAGAAGUUCAAUGGUUAUAAAACCAUGAAAUUAUCUUAACAAACAAAGAAUGCGAAAUCAGCCCGUUUCGUCAUUUUCUUGGCGCGAGAACCUCAUCGGCUCGGCACUAAUUAAGAAAUAAACGUUGUGAUUUAAUUGAGAAGAGGUCGCUUUCCAACAUGUCGAGAGCGUGUGGUCAUUGGGAAAAUAUUAAAGGCCAAGGUUAUCUGAAAUCGAUGUCGCCAUAGAUAGGGUUGACAUGAAUGGUGACUGUCUGAAUGACUGGGUAAAAUAUCGUCCCUAGUGCGUGUGGUCGAGUGUAUGAGGGUCAUGGUGGGGAACAGUGAGAAAUUGGACUGUGCACCGGCCUUACCUUGUUUUUCAUGUUACAUUUGUUGACCAGGGCUCUUUUCGUAAUGUUUUUUUCGUCUUUUUUUUUGCAGUAUGUUUAUAUGAAUGCGUGCGUUGACAGAGUCAUGGCUGAGAUCGAAAUGAAUAACAAGGUUACCUCAGAAUGGGGCACUUUAUACACAACUUUAUAUAUCUGAAAUCGACUGGACUUUAAGUCGAUAGGUUUGCAAGAAACUGAAAUGCUUCCAUCUGGUCUCAACAGGCUUGUGACCCACAAAGUUAGCGAAGUUGUUUUUUCAUCGAAAAGUCUCGAUACGCAAGGCCAUUGUAUUCUUAACUAGAAAGCUUAGUUACAAAGUUUAGUUUUCCCGCGAGAAAUGUUUUUUUUGUAGUUAGGCAUGGGCUUACUGAUCGCUCUCUUAAACCAUUCACUCCUAAGAUCUAAUGAGUGAUUUUCUUUACUAUCUGCCAUGCGAUUCGUCUCAUGAUGUUAAUUCUGAGAAUUUGGUAUUGGAUCAACCAGUAAUUCCCUAAUUUAAAUUUUUCUCUUAUUCUCCGGCAUCACUUGUUUGAUAUUGAAACGAGAAAUUCAGUCUUGGUCACUCAUGGAAGUUAAAGGGUUAAUUAACGGCAGUCGUAAGUUGUUGUUUUCUUUUGGAGAGGUUUUGCCAAACAAGAUUUUGUUCGAUUUGUAACUGAUUUUCUUAAUAACAGCACCCGAGCCCCGCCUUACAAUUGAUUGCUGUGUUCACUUUUUUAAUGAAAUGUGGAGAGCUUUAACAUCCACGACUGUGGGGUACGAUACAAACGAUGUGUCUAAUUGCUAACUGGUUUGUUACAGGAUGGUAUUUUACCAUUGUAUCCAGGCGGAAUGGAGGCAAACAUGCCAUCAGAAGAAGCAACUGGGGACAUUACAGAUUCACAGGAAACGGUAGGUGAACGAUAUCUACUCAAGCUGUGACUGUGUCACGCGUACAUUAUACAUACUUCAAUAGCUUCGAUCGACUUCAGUGUGGUCAUUGAAGCACCGAGCGUGGAUGUGUUUGUUUUGUUUUGCUUUGUUUUCAACGUAACUCGCUUUCGUCGCAAGUAGUAUCAUAAAUUGAACAUGAUUUUAUUUUCUUUACCUUAUCUUGUGAAAUCUCCUCCCUUUUACGGAACUCAAGUCUUACAUUAGCGCCAUGACUGUUCCAGACUUUUAUAGAGAGCGUCGUGCCUCUUACCCAGUCCUCCUCCACUGAACCUACAAAGGAUACCUCUUCCGUAAGAGGUUUCACGUGAAAGAAUACAAACAAGACAAAACGCUCUAAGACAUCUGAAUUUAGACUGAUUAGCGGUGACCCAAAUAUUCGCAUUUCCUUGCCCAAUUUUGUUUGUCAUUUUUGCUUGUACUGACCACAGGCGGCCCAAGCUCCAGCUGUGAGAUGAUCAUCUUGCGAAAUAAGAGUCAUGGCGAAAUUAUAAGAGUUUGUAUCGGAAUAUUUUACGACCGCUCUUAGGAAUAAAAAUACAGUCAAAUUCUCAAUAAAAAUACCUCACCUUACUUCCACAGUGCAUCGCUUGCUAUCUGACCGCUUACUAUGUUGAAAAGAACCAAUUUUGGCGAGUUAUCCAUUUCUAGGUUUACUGCGUAAAUAAGAAAAGCUUCUCUUGCGUACGUAGUCAACAGAAAUUGAUAACUCGCUAAAAUGGGUUCCUUUCAACAUAGUAAGCGGUCAGAUAGCAAGCGAUGCACCGUGGAAGUAAGGUGAGAUAUUUUUAUUGAGAAUUUGACUGUAUUUUUUAUUCCUAAGAGCGGUCGUAAAAUAUUCCCAUACAAACUCUUAUAAUUUCGCCAUGACUCUUAUUUCGCAAGAUGAUCAUCUCACAGCUGGAGCUUGGGCCGCCUGUGUACUGACUUGCCAUUAACACGAUGUAUUUCAACAAGUUAAAAAUGAAUUUUCUGCGUUUUUCAAAUUUCCUUUCGAGAAAACAUGAAUCAAAAAAAGCUUGAUUUAGCACAAAUGCCAAAAGUCAACAUCUUGCAAACGGCUAAAAAACGUGUUUCGCCAAACGUUUGUCAAUCAUCCAUCACAAGAGACGAUAACCAGUCGUUUUGUAAUGAGACAUUUCGUACUCAAAUUCAAACGAUUCGUAUCCCGUUUGUGUUGGUUCGUGUCCAACCCGCUGGUCGAUUUGUACCCGUUCCAACAUUGAGUUACGAUCAAAACGCAGGAGAUUUCACGAAAUACUUCACUAUGAUAGUGUGUAUAAGAUACAUGUACAGUUCUACAAAUAGAAAGUGCUACAAAUAGCGACACGUAAACAAUCGACCUCAUCGCCUGAUGAAGACUAACAGUAUUGUUGUCGAAACGUCGCGACCAACAUCCAAAGUGACUCCAUCGUGUGACAAGCGAAUAAAGUUCAUCUCCUAUGAACAGUUCUGUUGUGAAUGUACUGAGUACUUGUGAUCUCAGCCAGGUACGAAACGUGAAAAGCCACGGGACAUGUCCAGAAAAAAGAGGGGAAAUUUAUAUGUUCGGUUGCUCCUAGUCAAUGAUUUCUUAUAACACAAUACGAAACAAUACAAUACGAUAAUUUAUUAGAUACUCCUAAAAUACACUUUUAAUGUCUAAUUUUACAACUUGAUAAUAAUAUACAAUGAUGUUGCUAAUUAAACAAAGGGAUAAAAACUUAAGAUGAAAAACAGUUACAGUGAUUCUUAAUCAUACAUAUUGACAACUACGCCAUGCAGUGAAUCAUUUCCUGUCUACCUGUUGUGUGCCCUGAAGUUCUUUUCUUGCCUGCUUCUUAAAUUUAGUUAAUGUUCUGGAGUUUCCAGCCAGAGUAUGUCGAGAACUGUACGUCCCAAUACCAUGAGAAUAGGAGGACCGCUGAGCAGUAAACUUAUAUGCUCUCUUUCUUUAGGAGAUCACUGCCGCUUCCAACCAGAAGAGUCAUACCAAACCAUACUCUGCCAAGAAUAAUAAAUUUUCAAUGCCAAGGACCACCUCAAAGAAUUUUAAUUCCGCCAUCGAAGAUGAGGACUUGUGAAUUAAGUACAAGUAGAAAUGGUCUGAGACUGGCUUUCCUCGCUGGAUUUUUUACUUCACUAGAAGCACGUGUGUUGCCAACAGAGCUUCAAUUUGUGCCUUAAAAGCUACUAGUGAUCAUUAUUGAGGCUUCUUCGAGGCAUAUGAACUGUCAGCUCCUGAUAGACAAUACUUUUUUACUCACGGCUAACUUCUACUGAUAGAGGCCUGUGUAAAGUCGAUUUGCUUUAAGAUUUACCGUUUUAACUCUGACUCAAAACUUAGUAAUCAACUACAACCGCAACCUUGAAUGAAGUCUGAAAGUCUCGCAACUUUGGCAGAUAGAAGACAUCGAUGAUUUUUCAUGCCUAAAGAAAGAUUGCACUGUUUCUGACCUUUGAAUCUUUCGUUAGAGGAACCAUUAGGAUUCACGCCUUAUCCACUUAGGAGAGUUCAACACAUUUAUAAUGUUGUAUUUGAUUUUGAAUACUACACAAUUUUCAUUUUUGGAUGCGUGUAAAUAAAGGUGAUUGUACAACAAAUUAACCCUAUCGUUCCCACAAAGGAAGCUUGGGAAGACGGCAAUUGAAAAAAAAUAUAUUAAGAAUCGUAGUAGGGGGUUUUCAGUUGGAAGAAAGACUACAGUAGUUUUCGGUUGUAUAGGCAGGGCUUCAAAGAAAUAGGCGCAUAGUGUUUUGUCUAGCUAUUCAUAUGAUAUAGAUAUCAAAUACAGAGUCCAAGUAAGAAGUUGUAUUAAAAUAGUAAAUAGACAAUACUAGGACAAAUACUUUCAAGUUAUUAGAUCUGAGUCAAUAACCUAUUCCUUGUAGCCAGUAAAUAUAUUUUAGAAACAGGAAAUACGUGGCGGGUCCUAACAUUCUUUUGAUCUAAAUUAUAUUAGUACUUUGUUUAGUAAAAGUAU